UAUACUUUUUUUCAUCAUCUUAUUUCAUCUAAUAAUAUAAUUACAAGUUCCUUUGGAUUUUAUUGUAUUUAGUGAUACCCAUUAAACUUUUGUGUUCUUGAAGCUGGAAGCAGUUCAUCUCUCAAUCCUACUUAUAGAGUACUUGAAUAGAAGUACUUAUUAUUAGUGAUGGAUUUGAAGCCAUGGGAAUGGUAUUGUCAGCCGGUCGAAAACGGUGUGUGGGCUACGGCCGUGCAGAAUGCACUGGGUAAAUUUACACCUUGUGCAAUGGACAGUGUUGUGAUAUGCAUAUCACAUUUGGUAAUUUUGGGGAUAUGUUUAUAUCGAAUUUGGAUAACUUACAAGAAUAUUAAAGUUGAAAAGUAUUGUUUAAGAUCAAAGUAUUACAAUUACUUUCUUGCGUUGUUGGCUGGUUAUUCUGCUGCUGAGCCCUUGUUCAAGUUAAUCAUGGGCGUUUCUGUGUUCAAUUUGGAUGGCCAGGCUGGUCUUGCGCCAUAUGAGGUGAUUUCGUUGAUCAUUGAGGCUAUUGCUUGGUUUUCCGUGCUCAUCAUGAUUGGCGUAGAAACAAAAAUAUAUGUUCUUGAAUUACGAUGGUUUGUCAAAUUCAGUGUCAUUUAUGCUUUGGUUGGAGAUGUUGUCAUGCUCAAUCUUGUGCUCUCUGUGAAGGAGCACUAUAACAGAUCUAUCUUAUACCUCUACAUAAGUGAGGUUCUUAUUCAGGGCUUGUUCGGAGUACUUCUAUUUGUCUAUAUUCCUAGUGUAGAUCCUUAUCCAGGUUACACCCCCGUACAACAUGAACUUAUUGAAGACAUUGAGUAUGAGGAACUUGUCGGUGGAGAGCAAGUCAGUCCGGAAAGACAUGUUAACAUAUUUUCUAAACUUGUCUUUUCGUGGAUGAACCCCCUAAUGAACCUGGGUUAUAAAAGGCCGUUAACAGAGAAAGAUGUAUGGAAGCUAGACACAUGGGAUCAAACUGAAACAUUGAUAAGCAAGUUUCAGAGUUGUUGGGUUGAAGAAUCUCGUAGACCAAAACCAUGGCUUUUAAGGGCAUUAAAUAAUUGUCUUGGAGGAAGGUUUUGGUGUGGAGGAUUUUGGAAGAUUGGUAAUGAUCUUUCACAAUUUGUUGGUCCACUUUUGCUCAACAACCUCCUAAAGUCUAUGCAACAAGGAGACCCAGCUUGGAUAGGUUACAUCUAUGCUUUUUCAAUCUUUGUUGGAGUGGUGUUGGGGGUGUUAUGUGAAGCACAAUACUUUCAAAAUGUCAUGCGUGUUGGAUUCCGACUUCGAUCAACACUGGUUGCUGCACUUUUUCGCAAAUCUUUAAGACUAACUUACGAGAGUCGUCAAAAGAUGCCAUCUGGAAAGAUAACCAACAUGAUGACAACUGAUGCCGAAUCUCUCCAGCAAACUUGCCAGUCACUUCAUACAUUGUGGUCGGCUCCAUUUCGUAUCAUUGUUUCUAUGAUUCUCCUUUACAGGGAGCUCGGAGUGGCCUCAAUUGCUGGUGCUUUGAUGCUAGUUCUUUUGUUUCCUGUACAGGCGUAUGUCAUCAGCAAGAUGCAGAAGUUGACAAAAGAGGGUUUACAACGCACUGACAAGAGAAUUGGCCUCAUGAAUGAAAUAUUGGCAGCCAUGGAUACUAUGAAAUGCUAUGCAUGGGAGACUAGUGUCCAAGGAAAGGUCCAAAGCAUACGAGGGGAAGAGCUGUCAUGGUUUCGUAAUGCACAGCUACUAGCAGCGUGCAACAGUUUUAUACUGAACAGUACACCUGUUGUGGUGACUGUGGUUUCUUUUGGGAUGUUCUCACUUCUUGGAGGUGAUUUGACACCAGCGAGGGCAUUUACCUCACUUUCAUUAUUUGCAGUGAUGCGGUUUCCUCUAUUUAUGCUUCCAAACAUGAUUACGCAGGUUGUAAAUGCGAAUGUAUCCCUGAAGCGUUUGGAAGAACUAUUGCUUGCUGAGGAGAGAGUCCUUCUGCCGAAUCCGCCUCUUGAACCAGGAUUGCCAGCUAUCUCGAUAAGAAAUGGAAACUUCUCUUGGGAUUCAAAGGUAGAGAAGCUGACACUAGCCAAUAUUAAUUUAGAUAUACCUGUGGGAAGCUUAGUUGCAAUAGUUGGCGGCACGGGAGAAGGAAAAACAUCAUUAAUAUCUGCGAUGCUAGGGGAGCUCCCUCCAACGUCUUCUGAUACCAGUGCUAUCAUUAGAGGAACAGUCGCUUAUGUGCCACAAGUUUCUUGGAUAUUUAAUGCUACUGUACGCGAUAACAUUAUGUUUGGAUCAGUAUUUGAACCUGCAAGAUAUGAGAGGGCCAUAGAUGUUACUGCCUUGACCCAUGACCUGGAGUUCCUUCCAGGUGGUGAUCUUACGGAGAUUGGCGAAAGAGGAGUAAACAUCAGUGGUGGUCAAAAGCAAAGAGUAUCAAUGGCUCGAGCUGUUUAUUCCAAAUCAGCUGUUUACAUCUUUGACGACCCUUUGAGUGCUCUUGAUGCUCAUGUGGGUCAACAGGUUUUCGAGAAAUGUAUCAAGGAGGAGCUGAGUGGAAAAACUAGGGUACUCGUUACAAACCAGUUGCAUAUUCUGUCGCAGGUUGACAAGAUUAUUCUAGUUCAUGAUGGUGCUAUUAAAGAAGAGGGAACUUUCGAGGAGUUGUCUGAGAAAGGAAUGAUGUUCCAGAAAUUGAUGGAAAAUGCUGGGAAAAUGGAAGAAUAUAUUGAAGAGAAGCAUGAUGUUGAUAACAAUGAGAAAGAGGUUCCAAAAACUAUAGCAAAUGGAAGUCUAAAUGACAAAUCAGGAGGUACAACUUAUCCACAAAAAUCGAAGGCAGCGAAAUCUGUUCUGAUCAAGCAGGAAGAACGAGAAACUGGUGUUGUGAGUUGGAAUGUUUUAAUGAGGUACAAGAACGCACUUGGAGGGACAUGGGUAAUCAUGAUACUUCUUAUGUGCUACGUCUUAACAGAAGUCUUGCGUGUUUCAAGUAGCACAUGGUUGAGUAUUUGGACGGAUCAAAGCAGCUCCAACAGAUAUGGACCUGGAACUUACUAUCUAGUCUAUGCUGUUCUAUCAUUUAGUCAGGUCCUGGUUACAUUGGUAAAUUCUUACUGGUUGAUCACUUCAAGUCUCUAUGCGGCUAAGAGACUCCAUGAUGCUAUGCUUAACUCUAUUCUAAGAGCUCCUAUGAUCUUUUUCCAAACCAAUCCCCUUGGACGGAUCAUUAACAGAUUUGCAAAGGACCUCGGUGACAUAGAUCGAAAUGUUUCUAUAUUUGGAAGUAUGUUUUUGAACCAAAUGUCACAGCUUCUUUCAACUUUUGUAUUGAUUGGGAUUGUCAGCACUCUGUCCUUGUGGGCCAUAAUGCCACUUCUGGUCCUGUUCUACGGUGCUUAUCUAUACUAUCAGAGUACUGCACGGGAGGUUAAGAGGUUGGAUUCAAUCACCAGAUCACCUGUUUAUGCACAGUUUGGAGAAGCAUUGAAUGGAUUAUCAACUAUCCGAGCCUACAAAGCUUAUGAUCGGAUGGCUACAAUGAAUGGGAAGUCCAUGGACAACAAUGUCAGAUUCACCCUUGUGAACAUGGGUGGAAAUCGCUGGCUUGGUAUCCGUUUGGAAACAUUAGGUGGCCUCAUGAUAUGGUUUACUGCAACUUUUGCUGUCAUGCAGAAUGGGAAGUCAGAAAACCAGGAGGCAUAUGCGUCUACCAUGGGGUUGCUGCUUAGCUAUGCCUUGAAUAUUACGGGGCUCUUGACUGCUGUGCUAAGACUUGCAAGUCUUGCAGAAAAUAGUUUCAAUGCAGUUGAACGGGCUGGAACAUAUAUUGAUUUGCCUUCUGAGGCACCUCCUAUUAUUGAAAGCAACCGUCCUCCUCCUGGUUGGCCUUCAUCAGGUUCUAUCAAGUUUAAGGACAUGGUGUUGCGUUAUCGACCUGAACUUCCUCCUGUCCUGCACGGCGUUUCCUUUAUAGUACCCUCUAAUGACAAGGUUGGAAUUGUUGGACGAACUGGGGCAGGAAAAUCGAGCAUGCUCAAUGCAUUAUUUCGUAUCGUAGAACUUGAAAGAGGGGUAAUUCUUAUUGAUGACUAUGAUAUUGCCAAAUUUGGACUCACUGAUCUACGUAAAGUACUGGGAAUCAUACCUCAAGCACCUGUUUUAUUCUCAGGAACUGUAAGGUUUAAUCUUGAUCCUUUCAAUGAACACAAUGAUGCUGACCUUUGGGAAGCUUUGGAGAGGGCCCAUUUGAAGGAAGUCAUCAGGAGGAAUCCUUUAGGUCUAGAUGCUGAGGUUUCUGAAGCUGGAGAGAACUUUAGUGUUGGGCAGCGACAACUGCUAAGUCUGGCACGGGCUCUGCUUCAGCGAUCCAAGAUUCUAGUACUUGAUGAAGCAACUGCUGCUGUUGAUGUGAGAACUGAUGCUCUAAUCCAGAAAACAAUACGAGAAGAAUUUAAAUCCCGUACAAUGCUUAUUAUUGCACAUCGACUUAACACUAUUAUUGACUGCAACCGCAUCCUUCUUCUUGAGGCUGGCAAGGUACUAGAAUAUGAUACCCCAGAGAAGCUUCUCUUAAAUGAAGAAAGUGCAUUUUCUAGCAUGGUUCAAAGUACUGGAGCUGCAAAUGCUCAGUAUUUGCGCAGCCUUGUACUUAGAGGUGAACCAGAAAAUAGGUCAACUAAAGAUGAUAAUAAGCUAGAUUUGAAAAGAAAGUGGUUGGCGACUUCUCAGUGGGAAGCUGCAGCUCAUUCUGCCCUUGCUGUCAGCUUAACCUCAUCAUAUAAUGACCUUCAACAGUUGGAGAUCCAAGACAAGGAUAAUAUUCUGCAGAAGACAAAGGAUGCAGUCAUAACACUACAGGGUGUUUUAGAAGGAAAGCAUGAUAAAGCUAUUGAGGAGACUCUUGAGCGAUACCAAGUUCCUAGAGAUAAAUGGUGGUCGUCUCUAUAUAGAGUGGUUGAAGGUCUUUCCAUGAUGAGUGGGCUUCGUCAUCCUCAAUACAAUUUUGAAGACAAAGCUAUUGAUUGGGAUCCUGUCAAAAUUUGAGAGGAUAUGUGAGUUGGGUUGUGGUUUUUGCGGAUGUAAUUAUUUGACCAAUUUAGAUGUCUUAUCUUUUGUAAAGCAUUAAUUAAACUUAAUGGACAUCUAUCUUCACAAUGAUACUA